UUCCCGAGCCUCAGGUGGCGCGGGAGGGAGAGCCCGCGCGUGACAAUCCGACUGCGCACGCCGAGACCUUCAGCCCUUCGGUCGGCGAGGGGAGCGGAGCGGGCGCGGCUGCCACCCAGAGCCCACCUGCCGGCCCUCGCGGUCCCCGCUCCAGCUGUGCCGGGCUCUGGGCGCCUACUCCGCAGCUGGAGCGCCACCGGGGCUCUGCCACCGUCCCCUGCGCCUCCCGGGUGCCCCAGGCGACCCGAAGAAGCGUGGCGGUGCGACAGCGGGAGCUCGCAAUGGCCAGGGCGCGAGGGUGGCUGUGUCUGUGGCUGGGCUGCUUCUGCCUGGACCUGGCGCUGGGACAGAGACCGAGCCUGCAUCUCCCUGAGCUCAGCCGGGCUGGGACAGGCGACCGCACGACAGGUGGUGACCCGAGCCCGGACCUGCGGCCGCACGACAAGGUGUCGGAGCAUAUGCUGUGGCUCUACGACAGGUACAGCGGCGGCAGCAGAGUCCAGGACACCCGGACGCCGGGCUCGCAGCCCCUGGGUCCCCAGCCUCUGCGCGGUGGCAACACGGUCCGCAGCUUCCGAGCCCUAGGCGCAGGAACUCUUCAAAGAAAGGGGCUGCACACUUUUAAUCUGACCUCUCUCACCAAGUCUGAAAACAUUUUGUCAGCCACACUGUAUUUCUGUAUUGGAGAAUUAGUGAACAUCAGCUUGAGCUGUCCAGUAUCCCAAGGAUGCUCCCAUCAUGCGCAGAGACAACACAUCCAGAUAGAUCUCUCUGCAUGGAUCCUCAAAUCCAACCAAAGUCAGCUCCUGGGUCACCUGUCAGUAGACGUGGUCAAACCUUAUCGAGACAGCAUGUCUUGGCUGUCGAAAGACAUCACUCAGCUCUUGAGGAAGGCCAAGCAAAAUGAAGGGUUCCUCAUAGGAUUUAACAUUACUUCUAAAGCACAUGAGCUGCCCAAGAGGAUGCUGCUUUUCCCGGAGCCUUACAUCUUGGUAUAUGCCAAUGAUGCCGCCAUUUCUGAGCCAGAAAGUGUGGUGUCUAGCUUACAGAGACACAGAGAUUUCCCCGAAGGAACUGUGCCCAAACUGGAUAGCCACAUAAGAGCUGCUCUCUCCGUUGAAAGGCGGAAGAAACGUUCGACUGGAAUCUUGUUGCCUCUGCAGAACAAUGAGCUACCAGGGGCAGAGUAUCAAUACAAGGAGGAUGGCGUGUGGGAGCAGAGACGGCCUUACAAGACCCUUCAGACUCAGCCCCCUGAAAAGAGCAGGAACAAAAAGAAGCAGAGGAAAGGACCUCAUCAGAAGGGCCAGACGCUGCAGUUUGAUGAACAGACCCUGAAGAAGGCAAGACGAAAGCAAUGGAUCGAACCUCGAAAUUGUGCCAGGAGGUACCUUAAAGUGGACUUUGCUGAUAUUGGCUGGAGUGAAUGGAUUAUCUCCCCCAAGUCAUUUGAUGCUUAUUACUGCUCCGGAGCCUGCCAGUUUCCCAUGCCAAAGUCUUUGAAGCCGUCCAAUCAUGCGACCAUUCAGAGUAUAGUGAGAGCAGUGGGGGUCGUCUCCGGAAUUCCUGAGCCUUGCUGUGUGCCAGAAAAGAUGUCCUCACUCAGCAUCUUAUUCUUUGAUGAAAACAAGAAUGUAGUGCUUAAAGUCUACCCUAACAUGACAGUAGAUUCCUGUGCUUGCAGAUAACCCGUCAGAGAACGAAUUCAAGCGCUCCAUUCAAUCAGUAACUGGGUUUGAUGGACUAUUUCUUUCUUCCUUUCUUUCUUUUUUAUUUUUGCACUGCCAAUGCAUUUUGUCCCAAAAGAGAAUGAACAACUAGAUUGAAGAUUUCCACCAAGCAAAAUUGAACUGUAUUUUCUUCUGAAUGUAACUAAAAGUAUGAUUUUAGUAAAUGUGGACGUCUAUUUCUUUUUUUUAAUCACGUAAGAAAAACUAUUACUCAAACUGUUUUUAGGAGUGUUAGAGAACACACUGACUUAUUUUUGUAUUGGGCUUUAAAACUAGGUGGGAAAUAACAGCAGUAACUUAACCAUUUGUCUCUACUCAUCUGAGGACUAAAGGGACAUAGAUAGGAAUCUUGUGGAUUUUACUAGGUUUCUUGCCUUAGAUUUGUGAGCAACCCUGCCUGCUAAACACCCAGCUGACUUUGAUGUCCAUCUAAAGAAUUUCUGAGAUUUGUUUGCCCUUGAUUUUUCUCCACAAUCAUGAUGUGAGUUGAGUUAGUGUGUGCUGAGUGCUAGUGUGUGUAUAUGUGUACCAGGUGACUGUACAUUUGUUAAAAAAUUUUUUUCUUAAUGUGGUUCUAUAGUUCCAUCUUCAUGGGACUCCUUUUUUUUCAAUACCAUAUUCUGAUGUGCACCAUCCACUGAUGAUUGUAUGAUCAUAUGUCAAGAGCUAUGCUUGAGGCAGCCAUCUGAUUGGAUGUGUUCAUUUCAUUGAAUGCCAGAAGAGAAACAGGAACGCCAAUUUUGAAAACCCAGAUAUAGCUCUCCUGUGUCUCCCUUUUUCAUCUGCUCUAAGCUAAUUUGGGAAAUCCUUCCUGAAGUCAUAAGCUUUCUAGUUCUCUUGUUAUUAUACUAUUUCUACAUGUGAUGCUGUCCAUAGAUGUUAAGGCUUAAAAACUGUUAGCGAUGACCAAGUAAAUGACUAUCUUGUAGCGAAUAUCUGAUUCCACACUUGUUUCUAGGCUCUUCACCACAGAGAUCAAGAUACUGGCCUCCGUCAUGAAACCUAUACUCAAUCAAAGCUUGCUAAAAAUUACCCACUAAGAAAGGGAGCCAAUACAGACACAGUUUAUUUCCAUUUCCAAUAGUCAUAAGUACCUCCUUUUAGAUUUUUUGCCCUUAAAAAUUGUAUAAUCUUUUCACUCCACAAAGUGGUAAGGUAUCUCAGUAGGUAAAAGUACUUAUUACCCAAGCCAUUCCUGGGACUAACAUGGCAGAAGGAGAUAGCCAAUGCCUACAACUUAU